AUGUCCAACGACCUCGCCAAACAGCUCAAGGCUCUCCACAAGCCUUCAUCGCCAGUUGUCUUCCCGAAUAUCUGGGACGUCGCUUCGUUCCAAACUGUCACAUCCCUCAACCAUGGGACUUCCAAGCCAGUCAAGGCUCUAGCGACAGCGUCUUGGGCAGUUGCAGCUACAUACGGUAUCCAGGAUGAGGAGCUCACCCUAGAGCAGAACAUGGAAGCGAUUGGCAAGGUUGCACCGCUCGCCAAAGCGGCUGGUAUUCCGUUGUCUGCCGAUUUACAAGACGGAUAUGGGUCUCAGAUUGAGUCUACUGUCAAGCGAGCCGUUGAGCUUGGUGUUGUCGGCGCCAACAUCGAGGACGUGAGCUCUGAAACAUUCGAAUUCUACCCCAUCGACGAACAAGUUCAGCGUCUUAAGACGGCUCUCAAAGCUGCCUCUGACGCAGGCUGUCCCGAUUUCGUCGUCAAUGCACGAUGCGACACCUUCCAUGUCGACACAGGCCUCUCAGAAGCUGAAGCGAUGGAAGAAGCUAUCAAACGCGGAAAGGCGUACCUUGAAGCUGGUGCUACAACAGUGUUUUACUGGGGUGGAUCAGGACGGGGACUACGAGAAGCAUGGGUUGAGACCUUGGUGAAAGAGCUUGAUGGAAGGGUUGCGGUCAAGCUGGCGCAUAGGACCAAGGAUGCGCUGUCAACUAAGGCAUUGGGUGAGAUUGGUGUUGCGAGGAUUAGUGUUGGACCAAGUCUGUUUAUCUUGGCACAGGCUGCUAUCAAAGAAGCUGCUGCGAGCAUCCUCGAUGGUGGAAAUUUGUAA